AUGCCGGCCCAGCGCCCGUGUCUUCAUCGUUCCCAGCAGUCCCUAGUCUCCUAUUCUGAGGCCAGCCUUUGCCCUUCACCUGAAGCAUGGGACCUGGUCUCUUUUGAUUAUGGAGAGGAUAAUGCCAUGUUGUCUUACACCUCUUGGACAGAAGCUCCAUUGGAUGACUGUGGCGAAGGAUCUGACAAAGGUUUGCUGUGUCCUGUUCAUGCACUGCGUGCUUGUGGACAGAACCAGUCAUUUUUGCCUGUCAAAGCAGUUGGAACAAGAAACUCAAACAUGAAGAAGGAGUGGAGAUUACUUGGCUUCCUUGUUCUGUCAUUAUGUUUUCUUGUCAGCAAUGGCCAAAAACGUGUCUGUACACAGGAGACUGUGGCUGACAUUGUAUUCCUGGUGGACGGCUCUAACAGUAUUGGGCUGGAAAACUUCCAACAAAUCCGUGGCUUCCUCUCUUUUCUCGUACAGAACUUUGAAGUUGCUCGUGACAGGAUCAGGAUCGGUCUGGUUCAGUAUAGUGACACACCACGUACUGAGUUUUCACUCAACACUUAUCAGAAAAAAGAGGAAAUUCUCAACUACAUCCAAAAUCUGCGUUAUAAAACCGGCGGGAAAUAUACUGGCCUGGGUUUGGAGUUCAUUCUGGAACAGCAUUUUGUUGAAAAGGCCGGAAGUCGAGCACAGCAGAAUGUUCCUCAGAUUGCCGUUGUUAUCACAAAUGGUGAUUCUCAAGAUGAGGUUGAGUCACAUGCUCAGGAGCUGAGGGACAGGGGAAUCAAAAUAUUCGCCAUAGGGAUCGAAGAUGCAAACGAAGCGUUACUGAGACAGAUCGCAAAUGAGCCAUAUGAUCAGCACGCCUACAGCGUAUCAGACUUUGCAGCUCUGCAGGGAAUCUCUCAGAGUGUAAUCCGGGAGCUGUGUACAACUAUAGAGAAAACACACAAAGAGGUCAUCCUGAUGUCAAAAGGCUGCAACGAGACUGCACAGGCAGACAUUGUGCUCCUUGUGGACUCGUCUGGUAGCAUUGGAGACAGUGAUUUUGAAGAAGUGAGGAAGUUCCUCCAUGCUUUUGUGGAACAAUUUAACCUUAGACCUGACAAGGUGAGAGUGGGACUUGCCCAGUUCAGUGAUAGACCAUACCAAGAGUUCUUACUUGGUGACUAUUUAGAUAAAAAAGACCUGCAACAAAAGUUGGAUGAACUCAUCUAUCGUAGAGGAGGCACCAACACCGGUCAGGCCCUGACUUUCAUCCGUGAGAAUUACUUUAGCCCGGCCAGAAAGAAUGUCCCUGGCAUUGCUAUAGUCAUCACAGAUGGGGAAUCACGGGAUCCUGUCGAGGAACCUGCCCAGAGACUACGAAAUAUGGGAGUUGCCAUCUUUGUCAUCAGGGUGGGAAUGGGCAACAUGGAAAAACUGCGCACCAUUGCUAAUGUCCCACAUGAAGAGUUCUUAUUCAGUAUUGACAGUUAUCAGGAACUGCAAGGUCUGAAAGAGAGUCUGCGCAACAAAGUGUGCUUUACUGUGGAGGUCCAGUCACAAGCUUUUGUGAAAAAAUAUGCUGAUCUCUUCAUACUGGUUGAUAGUUCAGCAUCUAAACAAGAGCAGCAAACAAUAAAGAAUUUCCUUUAUAGACUGAUCAACCAGCUCGAAGUGGGGAAGAAUGCUAAUCGUGUCGGCCUGGCUCAGUUUAGCGAAAAUGUCCAAGAGGAAUUCCUGCUCAAUACUGACAAGAACAAGAAUGAGAUGGUGUCAUUUAUUCGCAACCUGCAGCUGAGGCCUACAGGGGAGCGUAGAAUUGGCCAUGCCAUUCAAUAUGCUCACACAAAUUUCUUAAAAAGCACUGCUGGAAGCCGUGUCUCUGAAGGGUUUAAGCAGUUCCUGUUAGUUAUCUCUGCUGGAGAAUCCGCUGAUGGUGUCGUCCAAGCAUCCCGAACAAUCAAAGAAGAUGCAGUGACAGUUUUUGCCGUUGGCUUAAACAAAGCUGAUCCGUUUGAGAUGAAGGACAUCUCUAGUCCACAGCACAACUACAAGUUAGUAGGUAAUGUUCUACAAGUGCAUCAGAAACUUAAGUCUGCCAUUGACACAUGGGAAGAUGCUGCCGUCACAGAGGAGUGCAAGUUUGAUGUGGUGGCAGAUAUUGCUUUUAUUGUUGAUCAGUCCAGCAGUAUCAGAUCCAAAAACUUCCAACUUGUGCGCGACUUUCUCAAGAACACCAUCGGCGGUCUCGACAUGGGCGAGGAAAAAAUAAAGGUAGCUGUGAUCCUCUAUAGCGACUUCCCUCGAGCUGAUGUGUACUUGGACAGUAAUAAGACUGACAUCCUGCGCUACAUCAGUAGCAUGGUAUAUGGUCGUGGUAAAACAUACACUGGAGCUGCUCUCCGGUUUGCCAAAGAGCAUGUGUUCACCAAAGCAAGAGGCAGCAGAAGAGAUGAGCAUGUUCAGCAGGUUGCUGUUGUUAUCACGGAUGGAAAGUCCACAGAUGACGCGGCCAGCGCUGCGGCAGAUUUGCGGCGAUCAGGCGUCACUGUAUUUGCGCUUGGCAUCAAAGACGCAAAAGAGGAUGACUUGAGAGAGAUCGCAUCCUACCCACCCAAGAAGUUUGUGUUAAAUGUGGAACGCUUUGAUCAACUAAAUUCACUUGCAAAGAUUUUAACCAGAACACUUUACAAUGAAAUCACAGAUGCCAUCAUACCUAAAUUCUCACUCAACGCAGUAUUAGAAGGUUGCAAGCAAACAGUCAAAGCUGACAUAUACUUCCUUGUGGAUGAAUCAGAAAGUAUAUCCAAUGCAGAAUUUGAAGAUAUGAAGAAAUUCAUUACUGAAUGGCUUGAUGUGUUCGAGAUUGGAAAAGACCAUGUGCGUAUUGGGGUGGUGAAAUUUGCAAGCCGUGCAACCACAGUUUUCCGAUUAGACGACUAUAGCACAAAAGCUGGUGUUGAAAAGGCAGUGAAGGAUCUUGUUAUUAGAGGAGAGGGCACCAGGACUGAUCUGGGGUUAAGAGAAAUGAUACCGCUAUUCAAAGAAGCUGUACAAACACGUGGGGAAAAGGUUCGUGAGCUGCUGAUUGUAAUCACAGAUGGAGAAUCAAGGAAUACAGAAGAGCCAGUAGAAGUUCCUGCUAAAGAACUGAGAACAGAACAGAAUGUCACCAUUUAUGCUAUUGGUGUGAAAACCGCAUCUGUGCCCGAGCUGGAAUUAAUAUCUGGAAGCCCACAAAGGACAUUUUAUGUCAAAAACUUUGAUUUUCUCAAAGAUAUUAAAAAAAACAUCCUUACAGACAUAUGUGGUUGUGAAGGUCUUUUUGCAGAUGUUGUCUUCCUGAUUGAUGGAUCAGAAAGUGUUAGCGCUGAUGACUUUAAAAACAUUACGCGCAUAAUGGAGAAUGUGAUAGAAAAGUUUGCAAUUGGACCACAGAAGGAGCGUGUUGGAGUUGUUCAGUAUGGAACAAACACAAAAGAGGAGUUUUCCUUAAAUGCAUUUGAUGAUAAAGCUCUAUUAUUAGAGGCAAUUAGAAAUAUCAGACAGAUGAAUGGAAAAACUUACACUGGAAAAGCACUCACAGAAGUAUUGCAAUCUUUUGACGAGUCUAAAGGAGGACGCUCCAGUGCCUUGAAGUUUUUGAUAGUUCUUACAGAUGGAGAUAGUAGGGAUGAUGUAGCCCAACCUGCGAAAGUCCUCAGAGACAAUUCCAUCAACAUCAAUGCCAUUGGUAUGAGACAUGCAAACAGAUCUCAGAUUCUAGCCAUUGCUGGAUCCCAUGGAGGUGUGUUCUAUGAAGACGCAGUUGCUUCCCUGAAAGAAUUAAGCAGUGAGGUUCUUCUCAAGAUCUGUAACACGGAAUGCAAGACACCUGAACUGAUUGACAUAAUCUUCCUUGUGGAUGCUUCUGGUAAUCCCAAUAAAGUUGGUUUCCAGGAAUUUAUAAGCUUAAUGACACAUGUGGUGAACAAAUCUGUGGUUGGAGAAAGACGGGUACGAUUUGGAGUCAUCACCUACUCUGACAGCCCUCAAUCUGAGUUUACCCUGAAACAGUUCAAAAGUCGGGCUGGUGUUCUGAGGGUUAUCUCAAACCUCAAACCUUCAGGGGGAAGAAGAAACACAGCCCAGGCCCUUCAAUAUACACUCUCCUACUUUGGUGAAACACAUGGUGGACGACGGGCGAAGAAUGUACCCCAAGUGCUGUUUCUGAUUACAGAUGGCAAGGUUAAUGACGUGAGUGGACUGGAAACAUGGCCUGAAUCCCUGGCAAAAUCAGAAGUCAACUUUUUUGCUAUUGGUACUGAAGAUGCCGAUGAGGUCCAGCUAAGGGAGAUGGCGGGAGAGAAAGGAAGAGUGCACUAUGCAAGCACCUACCAGGAUCUGCGUGGACUACAAAAAACAAUCACCCAAGAGCUCUGCAAUCUUACCAAACCAAUUUGUGAGAUGGAGGUAUCAGACCUUGUUUUUUUAAUUGAUGGAUCAGAGUCUAUUGAGGAACGAAGUUGGAAUAUUCUCAAACAAACCAUGAUUGGAAUCGUGAAAGAACUGCAUAUUGCUGAAGACAAGUGGCGAGUGGGUGUCGCCCAGUUCAGUGAUAAACUCUUGCAUGAAUUUCACCUGAACACAUACACUAGUUUUGCAGAAGUGGAGAAAGCUAUAAACAACACUAAGCAACGAAAGCAGGGCACAUAUACUUGGGAUGCUCUGAAAUUAAUUAGACACUACUUCACAAAAGAGAAUGGAUCCAGAAUAGAUGAAGGAGUCCCUCAGAAUCUCCUGCUGAUCACAGAUGGAAAAGCUAAUGAUGAAAAAGACUUGAAUGCAUUAGCUUAUCUCAGAAACAAGAAAAUAACAAUAACUGUUAUUGGGGUUGGCAAUGAAAUAAAAAUAUCUGAGCUGCUUUUAAUAGCUGGAUCAUCUGACCGGGUCCUCAUUGAGACUUUCGAAACCCUUGAACUGAAGACAACCAUAAGGAAAGUGUUAAAUUCCCUCUGUGAUGGCUCAAUACCAGAUCCUCCCAAUAAUGGUAAGUAA